CAAAAAUCUGUUUCAGGAUUUUCGAGGUGGAGCGUCGAAGGGGUUAACGAAUAGCGAUUCCCGUUAGAGGGUACACACGUACUCACAGAACUGGAGUUACGUCCAGUGACUUCUGUUUCCCAUUACAAUGCUGCAAUCCAGUGUUCUACUGUUCAGCUGUGCUUCCUGGACACUUUUAGCAAACUGUGGAUGUUAGCUAUUCAACUGAACCACCUGUGCUGUUGUCAGUGAAGACUGUGAUACAGCUAUGUUUGUUCCCUGGUGGAUUUUGACUCUAAUCUCCACCUGGUGACAGGACCUUGGAUGUGUAAUUUCUGUCACCACCUAAAUAUUUCAGUCCCUGUGAACCCUGCAGUACAGUCAAUCAUGCCAGAUGCUGCUGAAUAACAAGUAGUGUUUGGGGGGGGGGUUCUCAAGUUUUUCUAAACUCCCAUCAAAAGACUGCUAUGUUUGUGUAAGCAUGAGAAACUGAGUGGGUAAAACGUGGAAAGCAAGUGAGAAGGACGGGGCCAAAGUCCUUGUGGUUUUGAUAGAAAAGUAGAGCCAUCCUGUCUGUAGGUCGGCAGCACCUGAGGUAGCCAGGCUCAAAGGAUGACUAGCUUGUUCAGACGCAGCAGCAGCAAUGGAGGUUCCAGAAGCAGUGGAAAUGGUGGAGGGGGUGGCAGUGGACAGGGGCAGCUCAACAACAGCAGACCCAACCGGCAGGUCAGACGUCUGGAGUUCAACCAGGCCAUGGAGGACUUCAAGACCAUGUUCCCCUCUAUGGACUAUGAGGUGAUUGAGUGUGUGCUGCGCUCCAACAACGGAGCUGUGGACGCCACCAUCGACCAACUGCUCCAGAUGACCACUGAUGGACAGGGGUCAGAUGACAGUUCCGAUUCAGAUGACAGCAUCCCACCAGAGAUUCUGGAGCGAACACUGGAACCCGAUAGUUCAGAUGAGGAACCGCCUCCAGUCUACUCUCCACCAACAUAUGAUAUGCAUAUUUAUGACAGGAAAUACCCAGACACCCCACCAACACCCCCACCAAGAUUUGAAGCCCAGCCACCUCCAGGUCACCAGCAUGUCAGAAGCUACCGGAACUGGAACCCUCCUUUGCUUGGAAAUCUCCCUGAUGACUUUCUACGGAUUCUGCCCCAGCAGUUGGACAGUACAAAGCAGAGCUCUCAGAGCAGUCUGUCCCAGCCUUCAUCAUCAUCCUCCUCCUCGGUCUCUUCAAUAAGCCAAUUGACAGCCCAGUCUGGUUCUCGCUCUGGAGCUGCAGGGACUGCUGGAGAACCAGGUUUGACAACAGGUGGUGCAGAGCAAGACAAGAAAUUGAAGCAGUAUCUGGAAGAUGAGCGUAUUGCGCUGUUUCUGCAAAAUGAGGAGUUCAUGAGAGAGUUGCAGCGCAACCGCGAGUUCCUCAUCGCCUUAGAGAGAGAUCGCUUGAAGUAUGAAUCAAAGAAAUCAAAGUCCAGUCAUUCAUCUAGCAUGGAAAAUUCCACAGGAGACUCUGCAUCUUCAGUGGAGGCCGUCUCAGAUGAUGCCCUGUUCAGAGACAAACUCAAACACAUGGGCAAAUCAACGAGGAAGAAGCUGUUUGAAAUUGCCAGAACGUUCUCAGAAAAGACAAAGAGGAGAAAAUCAAGAAGGAGGACACUCCUGAAGCACCAUUCAUUGGGCACAGCCAACUCUACAGCCAAUCUCCUUGACGAUGUGGAGGGAAACCCCUGUGAUCCUUCCAUGCUGCACCAUAUCAGGGUUACCAUGGCGAUGGCAACAUGACCCAUGGGUGGUGGCCUUGCAGCUCUUCCUGUCCCCACCUGCUCACCCCUCCCCGAUCCAGACCAGCCAAUAUAAGGCUCAGCCAUGAGUUGAGACCACCCUCCUCUUCCAAGGGAGAAGAAAUGGGCUGUUCCCAGCACUGGGCUACAAAUAUCUAAAUGCAUUAUCUCUGUAUUAUAACACUUUGUUGAUAUAUAAUUUUAAAUGUAAAGGAAAAUGCAUUAGUCCUUACCAAUAUUUGUUAAAUGUUUCUUUUAAUUCUCUGAAUGGAACACUAGCAUUAUGCAUUAUGAUCUUGCCAUAUAAACCUUUGUUACUUUUCCAGUCCUUUACAGUAGCAGACUGUAUGUUUCUGAUUGAUGUCCCUCAGGCUUGGCAUUUCAAACCCAAAGUGUGCACAUUCCCCUUUAUAUAAACCACAUAGAGCUUU